AUGGAAUUAUUGAAGUUGCAUCGCCAAGUGACUGACGAAAGCCGAGCCAACGCCGAAAGCCGAACCAACCCCCGGAAAGGGAAUUGCCGUGACGACGACGGGACCAACAUGCGUUCCUUCCUUUGUCAGCUAGAACAGGACUUCCGAGAAAUGGAGGUACCAGAAAAACAGUGGGGACUCCAUUUAAGGAAGUACUUGACGGGCAAGGCCAUGGUACAUUCGGAACUCAUGCAGCGCUCGGGGACGGAAAUGGCGGAUUGGCAGCUCGUACGAGGAAGGCUGUGCGAGAGAUUCUGCUCACUGUCGCGCGAAAUAAGAUGGAGCGUUCGGGGAACAAUCGCUGGCGGGGAGACUACAACGAGUACAUCGUUCGAUUUGCCGAAGUAUCCGCUCAAGGAGAAACUAUUCCCGAAGAGGAACGGCGGAUGUGCUACUUCGCGGGACUACUGGAGGAAAAGGGUUGUUACUGGACCCAACGCCAUCAAUGUCUCCAAAACUUUGAGAUGUAGUGGUCGUGAGAGAGGCGGGAACGAAUCGAACGGGAACGAAUCGAACGGGAACGAAUCGAACGAGAACGGAUCGAACGAGAACGAAUCGAACGGGAAAGAAUCGAACGGGAACGAAUCGAACGAGAACGAAUCGAACGGGAAUGAAUCGAACGGGAACGAAUCUGGGCAGCAAACCCAGAGGCAUGUGAUGCUGUUAAGCAGGAACAUGGAACGAGGAAACGGGAACGGAAACGAAAAGAACGAGUGA